AUGUGGAAUUGGUGUCAGCAACAACGACUCUGGACGCUGCCACUGGCGGUUGUCAUCUUCCGAUCGUUUGCAACCAGGCAAGGUACCGACCCGGUAGGAAACUUGGAAGCUGAAGGAACUUGA